AUGGAGAGUUUUUGUAGAGGAUGUCUAUCUAAGUAUGAUCAAGUUGAAUUAAUUCAAUAUAAUGAAAAAAAUAGAAGAUUAUUUCUUUAUUCCACUGGACUGCAGGUGAAAAGAAAUGAUUCUUUUACAUUCCAACUUUGUAAAGACUGUUUCAUGAACAUGAAGGCGGCAUGUAAUUUUAAGAAGACUUGUCGAAACUCAGACAAAAAACUCAAGAGCUAUUUAGAGUUGAAGGAAUCUGGUGACAAUGUAGAAUUUUGCACCUUUCUUAAAAAUAAUGAAGAUUUAUUAAAAUUCAGGCUUCCUAUUAAUAUUGGAAACAGCACACCAGCUAAUAAAAAUAGAGAUGAUGAUAAUGAAUCAACAUGCACAAGUAUACAGAACUUUAUGACCGAUAUUCUUCAAGUGGAAGAGAUUCCCGAUAACGAAGCUCGCAUCAUCAGACAAGUUAUAGAAGAAGAGACGGACAUAUUAGAAGAUACACUUGAUUCACACUGGCUACAGGAUGACGUGUCCAUUUGUAGUGACUUCAGACUAGAUUUCAGUUUCAGCCCAUUCUCCACACCUCGUUCAGUUAGUAACGAUAAUGAGCAGACUUGUAAAAAUAUAGCCAAUAACAUAGAAACUAAGAAAGUAGACGAAGAUGUUCAAGAAUUUGAUAUAGAAAAUGUAGUAGCAAAUAAUGUAGAUCAUGAUUUAAUAGGUGAAAACUUUUUUAAUUUAAAUGGAAAUCAAGUGACAAACCGUCAACCCAUAUUACAGGCUGAAGCGAAGCAAAGCGAAGUGACAAACGAGAUUUGUCCAAAAGUAGAACCAGAAGAUAAAAAAUGUGUGAUUGAUGUCAAUUUAGAGAACGCCCUUAAAAACGACACAGCCCAGAAGGUGUUACUGGAUGAUCUACUUGCCACACCGCCAAUGAUACCUAAUAUAUCGGGCCCUCCAACUCCUGUGAUAACAGGUAUUCUUUUUGGAGAGACAAAAAAUGAUAACAGAGAAUAUGUUGCAAAAAAUAAAGAUAAUAUACAGGAGGACAUUGAUGUGAUUGACGAAUUUCUAAAUAUCGAGCCAAUGAAAGAAAACAAUGAUGUUAUUGAAUUUGACAACAGUAUUAUGGAUAUCGAGGAAGUUGAAAGUCUAGACAAAUAUUUUAAUAAGCCACCCAAUGGAUCAACCAAAGAAAUAAAAAGACCUCCGUCACCCAUUGAAGACAACUAUUGUAUAAGUAAUUUCUAUUGUAAAAUGUGUAAUCGAAAAUUUAAAAAUUUAGUCGCAUUAAAAGUGCAUUGCACGAAACAUCAUAAGUUGAAAAUCGAAAAGCCGAAAAGUAAACGAAUCCGCAAAAAGUAUAUAUGUGAUUAUUGUGGACAGUUAUUUGCAUCGUCCAGAUGUGUUGCAAAACAUCUUGAAAGACAUCAGCAAAUGAAAACUUAUGAAUGCAAAAGAUGUACAAUGACCUUUUCGACAGAAUCAAGAAUGAAGUUACACGAAAGUAGUCACACCGGGGUUAAGAGUAGGAAUACCAAUAAUAAUAAAAAAUACGUCUGUAGUAUUUGUGGGGCAGCGUGCAGUAGUUCAUCAAACUAUAACAUACACAAGAGACGUCAUCUCAAUAAUUUCACAAUAUCUUGCGAACACUGUGGCAAGGGAUUCUUUAGGACAUCCGAUUUAACAGUACAUAUGAGACAACAUACUGGAGAACGACCGUAUCAGUGUCGCUACUGCCCGCGCAGUUUUUCUCGGCAAGACAUACUCAGUAGACAUAUGAAACUACAUAUUGGCGAGAAACCCUUCGAAUGUCAAUUCUGUGAUGCGAAGUUUUGCAAAGCGUAUGAGUUGAAACUUCAUCAAAGUAAAUCAAAAUUGUGUGUCCAGAGACAAAUUGAAAUAGUUGAGAAAGAAAAAAAUGUAAUAAUAGACGAUAUACUCGUAACGAACGCUUUUGUAACUUAAUAAUCUUAUUGUUAUACUUAAUAAAGAGAAUGUGUUUAAAAUAAAA